AUGAUCGGCGCAGUGCAUGUCUCAACCCUCGAGCCACAAGCUUUCGUCCUGCAGCGCUUUGCCAACAUUCCUGAGCUGGAGGCGUGUGUCCGACUGCUGUGUUGCGUGGAGCGACUCUGUGGACGUGGUAAUGCCGUUGAGGAGGGUGAGCCUCAGCAGCCGUUACGCAGACGAGGUGCAAGAGACCUCGAGGGGCCGUCGGGAAGUGAAGAUGGGAUACUUCCGGUGCCCGUUAGCCCUAGUCCAGCGUCGACAUCGUCGCAGGAAGACUCGUGCAAACCACCGCCCAGAAACUGCUAUCGUCUCAUUGUACUUGGCAGUGCACGAGUUGGCAAAACUGCCAUUGUAGCACGAUUUCUCUCAAACAAAUUCGAGGAGAGUUACACCCCAACGAUCGAGGAUUUCCACCGUAAACUGUACAGAAUUCGCGGUGAGGUGCACCAGUUGGAUCUCCUGGACACGAGUGGUAAUCAUCCCUUUCCUGCCAUGCGACGACUCUCUUUCCUGACUGGUGAUUUAUUCGUCGUGGUAUUCAGCAUGGACAGUCGCGAGUCCUUCGAGGAGGCAAUUCGACUACGUGAGGCAAUAUUGGAGACUAAAAUAAGCGCCAUACAAAGUGGAAAGACCAGAAGCAAAAGCCACCACAGCCUUAAGGUACCGAUGGUCAUCGUAGGUAAUAAAUGCGACCGUGAUAUAAAGGUCGUUACUGUUGAAGAGGCACAGCAGUACUGCGCAACCCAGGACGAGUGUUGUGUAUUUGUGGAGGUGUCAGCAAAACGUAACUAUCACGUUGAUGAACUUUUUUAUCAGCUCUUUGUUGUCGCUGGAUUGCCACUUGAAAUGGCACCAAAUCAUCACAGAAAAGUGCCAUUAACAUUCGGCUCACCGACAAUGCUACCACCCUCUCAGCCACGGCACAAGGCAACGUUAAGUAUUAAACGUCGGCUGAGUGAUGCCUGCGGCGUCGUAGCCCCCAAUGUACGACGUCCAAGCAUCAGAACGGACUUGAUGAUUAUGAGGACCAAAACGUGUUCCCUUGCUGCUGGAAAUGAGAAUAUUACACCUGGCUCCAGAAUUACCCUGAGGUCUUCGGAGCCAGCCAGGAGUUGCGCCAUUCAGUGAUAUAAUAUUAAUUAUUAAAUUAUUGUCAUGAUUGAAAUUGUGAGGAAACGAUGCCCCCCAUGGCUCGAAUUAUUUUAGGAUGUGAUGGGACAAUCGUCGAUUGAGGAAUAUAUAUUUUAAGCUCUUGGAGUAAUUAACAAGUUUUUAAAUGAGAGAGGUUGAGUCAUGUCGAUGAUUCUGUCGGAUUAUCUCGGUAGAGAGUGGGUAUAGGGGAAAUUUUCAUACGACAUUUUUUGUUGGAAAUUUUCUUGGCUACAAAAAAGUUUUAGUGACAUUUUUCUAUAGAACCAAUUGUUCAGGAGAUAAGAGCGAAAAUAGGGAAAACGACUGUUUAAUACCAUUCGGGAUUGUUUUUUUUCAUCUUUGUUGAGGGUUAAGUGGUUUUGCGAGUCAAACAGCUUGGAGCAGAGUGAUUAGCAAGAGUCAUUAGCCCUUUAAGGCAAUUUAACCCUCAACUCUAAACGUUCUUAAGGGUCGUUAGGCCCUCAAGACUAUUUGACCCUCAGGUAAAAACAAUUCAGGAAACUUUAUUUUUGUUUUUAGUUGAGAAUCAGAUGAUUUUGAGGGUCAAACUACGUUUUGGGACGUCUAGAAUUGAGGGUCCAGUGGUUUGAAGGUCAAACAACCCUUAGGAACGUUUAAGGUUAAGGGUCAAAUGAUCUUAAGGGUCUAACGAAUUAGAGCAGAGGGGGUUAUUUGACCCCUGAAUCUACACGUUCAAUUGUCAAGGGCCGUUCAACCCUUACUACCAUUUGACCCUCAACCAAACGUCCUUAAGAGUCUAAAACUAACUCACAGAACUUUUGGUUUUGUUUAGAGUUGAAUACAUUGUUUUGAGGGUCAAACGACCCUUAACGACGUUUAGAAUUGAGGGUUGAGAGUUGAAUGGUUUGAAGGUCAAGCAACCCUUAAGAACGUUUAAAGUUAAGGGUCUAACGAAUUUGAGCCGAGUGAUGAAAGAGGGUCAGUUGACCCUUCACCCACACGUCUUCAAGGGUUCAUUGAACCCUUACGACCAUUUGACUCUCAACUAAAUCGUGCUAAAUAGUCGUUUUUUCUGGUAUUCCGUUUCACCUCAGUCUCCCCAUUUUUCUUAUAAAUAUCUCUGGAUCUAAAAAAGAUGGCAGAUUUUUAUUCAAACAAAAAAAAAUUGAAAAAUGAA